CCAUCAGGAUGACCAACACCCAUGAGUCGUCCGACCCGUGCCAGCGGUAUUCCCCAUCCCAGAUGCCCUGCAGUUAAGAUACACCUGCAGUCGGGGCAGAUCUACAACCCCCGACGGGAGAAGCACCACAAGACCCCGGCCGGACAACGCGCUCUUUUGGGUUGCUAUUAUCUUUGCCACAAGUGAAUGUUGCAUAGCGGCGUGAUGGCCCGGUCCGCCCGAGCUGACACACAGCAGAUCCUCGAUAUUCCGGUGAUAUAUGAACAUGCGACACACCAAAUCCAUCAAUUCCUGCGUGAAGAUCCUGACAGAAAACCCCCAAUACCCCGGCUCAAUCGGACUGACACAGAGGCCUUGCACAUGGAGCUUGACGCUUUCCCCACCUUCAUGCUGGGCCACUUCCUACCUCGCCAGAGGACGCUUUCUAUCUGCACGACAUAAAUCAGCUAUAGUUGUUGCGACCUUCCUCGCCAUCCCGUCUGCAUCUGCCAAACUCAUCAUAUACCAGCUGCUGGUACGCGAUCGUGAUCUUGUGCAAGCUGGGCUUGUCCGUUGGCAUCUACAGCCAGCUGUCGACCGAACUAAGCCCCGGGAGCGUGCACGUGGUGGUCCUCGUAGAGUUGCCUCCAUCCAUGCAGUUCACGGGACAUCUACUCCCAGAGUCACCGCAGUACAAUCUGCCGGAUCAGUGGCAGUCGGUCCUGUUACCUAGCGCCAUGCCGACCGUGUACGUUACAGACGUGAUGACGGGUAUGGAGGAUAACAUCAUCAUGCAAUACAUGAUUGACGAUCUCGGUUUCUUUGGCCUUCCUUCCCAGGCACCUACAUGCCAACGGUGGGGUUCAAUUGAGCUUG